AUGGCCUUGAGGCCUUUUGCGAUAGCAUGCUCUGUCCUGGGAUUUCUCGCGUCUCAAUCAUCCGCCAAGACCGUGUCAAGCACUAUUCUUGUUUUCGCUAGAAAUGCGGCUGAAUCCACCUCGGCGACAUCAGGUCUCGUUGCAUAUGGCAUUCCUUACGAGUUGAUCAUUGUACCUUCAGCUGGCAUUGCGCUUCCUGCUCUGAACUCCAGUGCUACUACCGGAAACUAUGGCGGCAUCAUCAUUAUGAGUGAGGUGUCUUACGACUAUGGCUCUACAAUCGGUUGGACCAGUGCAAUUUCUACCGCGCAAUACGCAACGCUCUACAGCUAUCAGACAUCGUUCGGUGUUCGUAUGGCCAUGCUAGAUGUGUACCCGGGCUCAGAGUAUGCUGCAGGUGUCACCACUACAAUCGAUGGACAGGGUUGCUGUGAUGCUGGUAUUGAACAACUCGUCAGCUUCACCAACACGAGUGCCUUCCCUACCGCGAAUCUCAAGAUAGGGGCAACGAUGACCACCAUCAAUCAAUGGCACUAUCCUGCAACUAUCACAGACCCAGCAACCACUGUUGAGAUCGCUCAAUUCGCAGCUGGAGGAGAUUUUAGCAAUCCUUCAACUGCAGCAGUUAUCAACUCUUUCGCUAGUGGCCGUCAGCAAAUGGUUUGGUUCACAAGCUGGGGCACGGACUGGUCGGUCACUUCAAACUUCCUCCAGCAUGCUCACAUCCACUGGAUGACCCGUGGUCUAUUCCUCGGCCAGCGCCGUAUCAACUUUCUUGCUCAAGUAGACGACGUUGGCUUGACAACUGAGAUCUAUCAAUCAAGCACCGAGAUCUUCAGAAUUCGCACGUCUGACCUUGAUGCACAUGUCGCAUGGCAGGCAGACCUCAACUCUCGUCUCCCGGCUGGCUCUUCCUUCUUCAUGGAGCUUUGUUACAACGGUAACGGGAAUAUCGAGGCCGCCGUAGCUGUUGACACGAACAACGUUUGCAUCCCGGAAAGCUCCAUCAAUCUGGUUGACUAUCCCCCCAAUACACCUACCGAGUUCCAGAAACCCCUUGGUACAGGCGUCGACUUGUGGCCAGAGACUCCUCUGACAUACUCGUGGAGUCUCGCAUGCACACAGCUUGAUCCAAUCGGAGCUUGGCUGCAGGUGACUGCGAACCGCGAUCAGUUCUCUCAUGUAUCGCACACUUUCACUCAUCAGUCUCUCAACAAUGCUACAGACUCGGAUGUAAGGUUGCAAAUUGCCUUCAACCAGGCUUGGAUGGCGCAGACAGGAAUUGCGGCUGGCAAGUUCAGUCCGCAUGGACUUGUCCCCCCGGCGAUUACGGGACUUCACAAUGGGGACGCUAUCAAAGCAUGGAUGGAUCUCGGAAUCACAAUGGUAGUGGGUGACAAUACGAGAGCACCAUUGCUCAAUACUGAAAAUGCCCAUUGGCCUUUGAUCUCUACAGUUGCUGCGAACGGGUACGCUGGCCUGACAAUCAUUCCUCGCUGGGCCACCCCGAUUUAUUACAACUGCUAUUCUGCAGAAUGCACACUUGCCGAGUGGAUCAAUACUUCUGGUGGCUCAGGAGAUUUCGAUGACCUCGUCGCCUUCGCCCAGUCAACCUAUACGCAUCACUUGCUCGGUUUGCGUCAUGACCCUCUCAUGUUCCACCAAGCGAACCUCCGACAAGGUGAUACUGCCACUUACACAGUGGGAGGGCUCACCGGGGAACUGUCUCUCUACCAGAUCCUAGUUGAGACCGUCCUUCAAGAAAUGACGAGGCUCACAACAUGGCCCAUCGUCACCAAGAAGCACGACGACAUAGGAACCGCCUUCAUCGACCGGAUGACUCGCGACCUCUCCUACAUCUACUCCGCCUCCAACACGCACAUCACCGGCGUAACCCUCAGCGCCUCCACCACCAACUCCUGCAGCGUGCCCAUCCCCGUCCAGUUCCCCGGCCCGGCGACCGCCGCGUCCCCAUCCAGCGCCGUCUUCACCGACGAGCAGCUGGGCUCGGACCCCCUGACCCGGUGGACGACGUUGAGCGGGAGCCCAGUCACGUACACUCUCGCGUCGCCGAUUCCCGUCUGA